UCACCACAUCAUUCAGCAGAGGAAAGAUGCAUGCUGUCAGUUAACGCAACCAACAGCCUGCGUGCGCAUAUCAGUUCUUUAAAACGCAGCGCUUAUCACAACAUUGAGAGCAGCGGUGCUGACAGCCUCACAAGCUUUUUUGGAGAAAAACAAGCUAUAAACCAUGGUUGAAUUUAACUGCAGUUCACGGAUGAACCACACAGAGACAGCGCUCAGGGUCUUUGAACGCGUGGCCUACAUACCCCUCUUCAUAUUGGGCUUUUCCCUCAACAUCACGGCUCUGUGCAUCUUCUGUCGCAUCAAGCAUUGGACAGACAUGCACAUCUACAUGCUCAACCUGCUGGUUGCCGAUUUCCUGGCAAUUCUUAUUCUUCCCUUCAAGAUACUGGAGGUCUUUUGUCCAAUACAACCGACCUCAUUGUGUACGGCCCUGCUGUGCAUCCAAUUCUCCAACAUGUACAGCAGUAUCUUCAUCAUUACAGCCAUCAGCAUCCACCGAUUCAUAGCUGUCAGGUUUCCGUUUCUGACCAAGGCAAUGCUCUCUAAAAGUAGGAUGAUCGCCACCACAAAGUGCGUUAUCAUCUGGGUGACUGUAGCAGUGAUCUGCGUUUGUAACUAUCAAGAAUUUCUCCCAGACAAGUUAGAGAACUGUUAUGAUCGAAAGGUGUCAAAAAAGUUCCAAAAAAAUUUUUUGGUGGUUUUAGAGAUUUUAGGGUAUCUUAUACCAGUAGUCAUCCUCAUAUUUUGCUCCACACAAACCAUCUACAUCCUGGUCAGAUCGCUUCAGCAUGUUGAGGGAAGAGACAGAGUGGAAAGGAAAAACACUGUUGCUAUUAUCACUGCGAACAUGUUCACAUUCAUAGUUUGCUUCACACCUCUCCAUAUUGGUCUUUUGCUGCAAAAUUAUUCAGUUGAGUAUUUUGUGCGAGUGUCUCUUAACGUGGCCGAGUGGAUCGCUACUACCAACUGCUGUCUGGAUUCUAUUGGAUAUUACUUUCUUCUAAAAAAAGUUAAUAAAAGAGACCAAAGUUCAUAUUGAUUGUUAAAGGGUUUGUUCACCCAAAAAUGAAAAUUCUGUCAUUAAUUACUCACCCUCAUGUCAUUACAAACCCGUUAGAUUUUCGUUCAUCUUCAGAACACAAGUGAAGAUCUUUUUGAUGAAAUCUGGGAGUUUUCUGUCCCUCCACUGACAUACGCAACUACCAUUUUCAACCCCCGGAAAGGUAGUAAAGACAUCAUAAAAGUAAUCUGUGUGACUCCAGUGAUUUAACCUCAAUUUUAUGAAGCAAUGUUUACUUUAAAGUAAAAAUUUACUUUAUUUACAAUGGGCAUUCAGGUUACAACGUCCGCUUUCACGUCAACACAACACAUAUGCAGCGUGGUGCUCUCGUGAACGCACGUUGGAGAUUAAUAUUUUGUAAACAAAGUGGAGCUACCUCACAGUUCCAUUUAAAUACUAUGGUGCAUGAAGAUAAUCGCACAAGUACCAUGGUAUACAUAAAUGUAAAAGUGUACCACCACAGUAUAUUAUUGUUAAAAUAUUAAAUGAAUACUAAAUAAAAUGUCUACAUGAU